AAAUCCAUUCUUUCCGCUGCCACCUGUUUCAAUGGCACCUGACGUGAAUCUCUAUCAGUAUAAGAAAACAGUUGCCCAAGGGAUGAUGGAUUUGGCUCUCGUGUCGGCCAAUGCGAAUCAAUUGCGCUAUGUUCUUCAAACUGACGGCGGGCACUCAUAUUAUUAUCCAUCCCUAGUUAUGAUAGGUGCCAGCUUGUUCCUGCAGAUUACUGUGGGUAUAGGACUGAUUUGGAACAGCAGGUAUAAUGUGAAGAACGACAGUGAAAUGUGCAAAGCUGUAACAGCCAACAAUUACACUGUAAUUGGUAUAUUUCUGGUGACAAUUUUGAAUGUUUUCAUCUCAUCAUUUGGUGUUAUUGAUCAAAUGACUGCUGCAACUAGAUGAUCCAAGGACUGCUAGUGAAAGCCUGCGACAAAGG